AUGCCCAAGGCGGGGGAGCCGCCGCUGCCCGGGUGGCCGCUGCCGCAGCUCGUCUCGCUUUUCCUGCCGGAGUUCCCCGUCCGCCCCUCCGCCCGCCAGCAGCAGCUCAAGGUGCCGUCCCGGGGCCCCCCCACCCUCCUACCGGGGUCCCGGUGUAUCCUACCGGGGUUCCCGACCGUCCUCCCGGGGCGCCAGCGCAUCCCCGCCCCGGCAGCCCCGAGCGCCCUAACGGGUCCCCUUCGCACCUCGUACCGGGGUCCCUGCACGCCCUACCGGGGUCCUUGCACGCCCUACCGGGUGUGCACCUACUGCAGCACCGGAGACCUGCACGCGCUGUGGCGUGCCGCCGGGCACUUUGCCGAAGCCACCGUCCGCCUGUUUGCAGCUGAGCUGGUGCUGGUGCUGGUGUACCUCCACGACCUGGGCAUCAUGCACAGAGACGUGAAGAUGGAGAACAUCCUCCUGGAUGAGAGAGGGCACCUCAAGCUCACCGACUUCGGCCUCUCCCGGCAUCUGCGGUGGGGCGAGCGAGCCCACACCAUCUGCGGCACCCUGCAGUACAUGGCCCCGGAGGUGCUGAGCGGGGGGCCCUACGGCCACACAGCUGACUGGUGGUCCCUGGGAGUCUUGCUCUUCGCCCUGGCCAGCGGGGAGUUCCCUGUGGCGCCAGCGGGGGACCAUGUGGCCAUGCUGGAGCGCGUCAAGGAGAGCAGCUACGAGAUCCCACCUGCGUUCAGCCCCGCACUGGCCCGGCUGCUUGCCGAGCUGCUGUGCCACAACCCCCUGCGCCGCCUGCGCUACCUCCACCAUUUCCAGGGCCACCCCUUCUUCCGCGGGGUGGCCUUCGACGCCGACCUGCUGCAGAAGGACCCGGUGGCGAUGGCGGUGGCCCCGCGCCCCCUCGAGCAGCCCCCACCCGAUCCUGCCACCUUCGCUGACUUCGACUGCGACCUCGUCGUCUCCCCGGGCCGGCCUUGGCCUGGCUGA